AUGGCAGCCCUUCGCGGACCCUCGACGACACGUAAGAGUUCCAGGUUCUCGAGUCCUGCGACCCUUCCGAGGGUAGAAAGAGAGACAGUAAACAGUGUCAAUGACGUGACGAGAGCAAGAGAAAGCUCGAAGACAUUCUUGGAUCAGUGGGUCGAGCCACCGCUACGUGCAGCAGCUCCCAGUUUCGAGGACCAUCGUGGGUUGGAGAGGGUCGGAGUGCUGGAACAUUUCCAACCACUUGGUCAACCGCCUACGCAGAAACUUAUGCAGAAAUUAAAGCUGGCGCCCCCGAGGCCAGGCCGCGCAACCCCAGUGCAGAGCGAGGAAGUCAGCACUCCCACGACCCAUGUGGAAGAAAUGAGCACCGCCUCGCCAGCUGAGGAACCGCUCAGAGCUCACUCAGUAGAUGAGGGUACGAUGAGGGCCGAGUCUAUUCCUCCUAUCAGGGUGCACGAAGAGAAUGAUGCAGAUUAUCGUCCAGCUGUGCCACCCGCCCUGGUCAUCACAAGACCCAAAAUGCCACCCAGAAACAGUGUCAGUAUUCCACCUACGCCGUUGCCAACUGGCGGCUAUAUAUUUCAUGGUCAUUAUCACCCCGAAACCAUCAAACAGCAUGUUGAGGCUGCCGUGAGGAGAGCGGAACUUCAGAGUCCCGAUUUAGCCCUGGGGAUACGCAAACUCUGCGCUGACAGUGAGCUUGAUCCCGCGCUAUGGGCCGUCCUGGAUGCUAUAUUGAAUCAAUCAGCAACCAAGGAGCAGUGGAGGUUAUUUCGUCGCUACGUCAAGGAGGGUAAGAAGGAGUAUUCCCGGCACAGUACGCCGACUGCCAAAGCCACAUCGCUUGCGCUUGCAGCUAGCAACCAGCGUUAUACGCCAACACAAACCAGCACACCCACAAAAACUGCCUACUCAGCACCAGUUCAGCUGCCAGAAGCUGCACCGCCAUUUUCGCAGCCAUCCUCGCAGCCUGUACACAUCUUCCAUCCUCAGCCAACCCUACCCGUUCAACCCCCUUCAUUUUCGUCACCUCCUAAACAUCCGCCAACACAGCCAUCACCAGUUCACCAGCACCGGAUGCCAUCACCAACCAUAUCAGCACCACCAGUAGCUCAACCUCUCCGGUCAUCAUCGCCCGAACAAGCUGCCGAUAAGUCACCCAUUGUCACAAAUGGCGAAAAUGUGGAGACCAGGACAUUCCAGGAAGGCCUUCAGAAUCUGGAGCGAACGAGUCCGAAACGAUCACAAAGCGUGUCCAGUUCAUCAUCACUGUCAUCAGCCAAAUCACUUGAUGCAGAGACAUUUGCGCCGGCGAUCAAUGAGGAAGCUCAGAUCAACGGAACAAGGGCUGCAGCCAAGUCAGGCCUGGAUCAACGCCAAGCUGCUGCCCACAAACCAGGCGCCAACAAAUCCCGCGCCCCCAAGAUUGGUUUGUUUUCCGUCUUUCCUAACACCAACAAGACCAAUGCCAGAAAACAACAAGCUGGCUCCGAAAUUGAUGAGCUGGAGCUCUCGAGGCGAAGACAGCGACUGCAACAAAACCAAACUUUCCAUGAAGACUACACCAGCAGAUUUUACACGGGCGAAAGCAGCGAGCGUGCUGUGCUGGCUCACAGCCCAUCUUGUCGAGUCGAGAAUUUUUCUACUUCCGUCCAAGUACCUGUAACCCAUUCCCAGAGUCUCAGCACUUCUCAAGACACGUUAUCGUCUCCAGCUGAUACGCUUCCUUCAGCUGAUUUUGGCCUCCGCGACGGCAUCAGCAAAAAGCGGUCGAGAGAUGAAACCGAAAUCGACGAGGAGGAAGUUCAGACGCCACGGUCAUCCCCUGGGCUGUUGUUGGUCCCUCCACCGCCGGGCGCGGCCAGUAUUUCUCGAUCAGGCACCCCACGAGGUACCCAAAUGCCCCCAACAAAGAAGGCCAAGAAAUCUGCACGUGUCAUGGUCUCACCUAACAAGCCCAGAAAUGGCGGCAUCGUGGCUGGAUUUGCACGUGCGGGGCCUGGAAGAGAUAGAGAUUCGACGGUCGGGAACGGCAUUGACUCCAGCGAAGAGGAAAACAACGACUUCUGCGCAGCAUGCGGCUCCAAUGGUCGGCUUCUCUGCUGUGAUGGCUGUCCGAAUUCCUUUCAUUUCUCCUGUUUGGAUCCGCCUAUGAAAGGUCCACCAGAAGGCUCAUGGUACUGUUCUCGAUGCGUUGCUCGUCAAAACCGUGGCCCUGCAGAAGUCAACGGGUUCCUCGGUCGACUCAUUACUCGAUCUGACGACAUCAACCCAAUGCAGUUCGGCUUACCGGCCCAGCUUGAAGAGUACUUUGACGGCAUUCGGAGUGGCGAAGGAGGCGAGUACGAGGACGUUGGCCUUUCAAGAACUCACGUAUCCGAUGUCAAGAUGAACCGGGCUGGGUUCAUUGAAGAACCUGACUACAAGCGACUGAAAGAUGCCAAGGGUAACGUCAUCUUCUGCUACCGUUGUCGAUUGACUUCCAAUGGCAAGCGAGAUAUCAUACCUUGCGAUUUCUGUCCGUAUCGGUGGCACCUUGACUGCCUUGAUCCACCUUUGGCAGUGCCGCCUCGGCGGCGACAUGGCGAUAAGCCCAACGCCACGUGGAGAUGUCCUUUACACGUUGACAACGAUCUUCGAAAUCUAGGUAACAGCGAAGAAUCUGGGCUUGGACGACAGCCUAGGCAUCGUAUACCAAAGAACCCCAUACCUGUUGAUGUCAGUAUAAGUCGUGGGGUCAGAAACAACGGGAUCAUUGAUGUUGAACUAAUGAAGGAUGAUGAGCGCAUCGAUGAUGUGGAGAUGCUUGGGACGAUCUACCGCUUACCAGAGAGAGGCAUUCGGCUUGAUUUUCUGGAGCGGAUUCGAAGAUCCAGAUACGAAGAUAUGAUUACUCGACAGCAAUACGCCGCACACGUACGAGACUACAGCAAGCUCAAAAGGCCAUCAAAUGCCCCAUCAGACAUGCUUGACUCUACGUCCUCUGUCCCGAACACCCUUAUCAGCAAUGCCGCCGCUGCAAAUUCCACUCUCCGUGCAAAGACCUUACGAGAGCAACAAGCAGUCCUCAGCCUCCAAGCCCUUGCCCAGCAAGACGAAGUGUCUGAAAUGGCGCUCGGAAAUCAAAUCGCAGACCUUACCGAUAAAUUGAUCCUCGGUGCCGGAGAAGACGUGGUAGGGCUAGCGGAGAAGGAAGAACGAGAGCAAUUGGAGGUCUUUCGGGGCCUGGUCGAGAAGAGAUUGCGUAUCCUCAAGUCCGAUGGCAAGAAUGAUACGAAAAGUUUAAGGAGUAACGGCGGUGGAAGAGUUGUGGUUAAUGGCGCUGGGAAGCGAAGUAGGGGGUCAAGUCCGUUGGGCAUCUUGAAAUCAACAUCGACUCUUGGCUCUAAGAGUAAGAGUCGUGGGAGGAGUUGA